GCCCCCAUCUCGUUGUUAGGAGCGGGAUAGUUUAAGUGUUUUUGGUACACACAAUCUGUGUGCUACAAACGUAAUCCGCACGUGCGGCUCCAGGCGGUUGACAAGCACCGGGCCAUUCACUUAGUUCAGAAGAGCCCUAUUUCUGACAUUUUCUGACGCAAAUCUGACAACUAUCCAGUUUAUUUACCAUACAAACUCUUCAUGACGCAUCACAGUUAGAACACAGCAGCAAGGAAAAUGUCGGCUACAGUUGAAAUCAAUGCUUUGUCGACAGGCUCCGGGAGUGGAAAGUAUGAAGUGAACUCGAACGUCGUAUCAGACCUGUCAGCAGCAGGGGACUGUAGCGCGGGUACGCCCGGGAAGUACCGCCCGCUUCGGGUGCAGCAGCCUGCGUGCACUGCUGCUGGUGAUCCAUUGUGUUCUGAGCAAGAGUCGUUAAAAAUCACCGACAAAAAUGCUAACCAAGAUGCUGCCUCUGACCAGAAAAGUGACAUUCAGUCAAAGGAUCAGGAACAGCCCUCUCUUAGUGGUGACAGUGAAUUUAAGUCGAGAAAUUUGGAAGGAGAGAGAGGUAAUUUGAUUGAAAAUGGUAACAACAUUGAUCUUGGUGAUGGCAGCAAGUCAAGUGCCGAGGACUUGGAGCUUGACAGUUGUGUCUGCCAGGAUGCUAAUAAUUUGGAGAAAUCUUACAUCUCCUCCAAGUCUGAUCAUAGGGAUGGUGGAGAUUUUGAUUCAGAAGACAAAGCACCAAAGGCUUUUGAGGACUCCGUUGCCACCGAAGCUAACAAACAGGACCACUCAAUGUACAAUAACAGUUCAUCUCCUCAAGAAGAGGAGCAGGAAGAGGUUGGGGCUGUGAAACAGAAAUCAAAGAAAAAGGGAGGCCUCUUACACCUCCAUCUGCCAAAGUUUGGUAUGAAGAGGGGACACGGUGCCAAAGGUGGAGAGGGUUCGACUUCCAGCGACCCAGAAAGCUCCCCAGAGAAGCAUUCCAAGAAGACCAGGAAACGGGACAAGCACAGGAAGCAGGAGGAAGAUGAGGAUGGAGAUGCUGCCAAGGUGCAUGUUGCUAAUGAGGAGGAUGCAGCAGUAGAAGAGAGUUGCCAGAUACCAGACUUUGAGCAAGACAAACAUGACAAGGGUGACUUCGACAAAGACCCCAAAGAAAUGCAAGGGUCAGGCCAUGAUGAAAAUAUAGAUGUUGCGAUAGUAACUGAGAAUACGGUUGCCAGGGUUGUGGCAAGUCCAGCAGAAAAACAGCCGGAUCAGAUGGACAUGAGGCCCGAGGAGGAUGCAGCAGGCCAACACACAGGGCACACAGCAGACCCUGAGCCCAAGGAGGAGAUUUUCAACACUGAAGAUGCAGUUGCCAAGGUUACUGGGAAGGACAGAGAUGAAGAGGGGGCUAAGUGCGGUGAUGCAGCAAAGAUUACUUCAGGUCCAACAGACAAUGAGCCAUCCUCCAUCCCUAGUUCUUCUCUGGCCUCUGGCGAUGAUUUCUACACCCUGCCACAGAGCAGCCUGGGCUCGAGCACGGACCCCUGUAACAGCGAGAUUUCUGAUGGCCAGCGAGAGGACUCCUCCACCACCCGACAAGGAGACAGCAGCACCCUCGGUGGAGACGACAGCAACCUGGACACAGAGACCAGUCUUGGGACCUACAGGGAGACUGUGGACAUGCCAUCCAAAGUCGUUGAAGACUCUGCCAAGACUGACGAACUCCUACAAAGGCCGAAUGUGAUACCUGAUGACGUCUUGGACUCAGAACAGAAUCUGGAGGGUUCCGUCCUCUCUAGCUCCAACCAGUCCAGCUUUGACACUGACAGCCCUAGUCUUACAGGCACCCCGGAGCUCUCACCCAAGAAGAAAUCCAAACGUCGAGUGCCCCUCCUGAAUGUCACCCUGCCGUCUUUUGGCAAGAGGCACCAUCGAUUGGUGAAGUCUCCUGAGCAGUCCUCUGAUUCUGACCGGCCUAGCUCUCCCAGCAAAAAAUUCUCUUGGAAGAAGAAGAACCCCAAGAAAGCUGCUGUUUCUCCCACAUCUUUGAGCUGCGGAUCCACCGAAGAAAAAAUACUUAAAGAUGCUGAUGCAGGAAAGAUAGAAGCUUUGGGGGCUGAGGAGAAGAACCACUCAUCAAAGGAAGAGGCCCAAGUGGACUUCAAAAUGGACAAUACUUCUUGUCUCCCAGGUGUCCCAUCAAUGACUGUUGACCAUCCAGAGAGGAGAGGUGAUGACCGAGUGGUGUUGCCAUCUGAUGAAAAAGUGGCGACAGGAGUAGUAUCUUGUGAAAUUGAGGAUGCAGGACAAGAAGGUGGCCCACCAGAGCAUGAUGGUGAAGAAGACCCACAGGAUCCUAGAUCUGAUGAUGAGGAGGAGACAAGAGGAACAUCAAAUGAAGUUCAAGCAGGAGACGGAAAUGAAGUCAAGACCCAGGCAGUAGAAGAGCUUCAAGAGGAAGAACUAGUAGGUGAGAUGGAGACGUCCACAAACGUCAGAGCUGAGCCUUUGCUGACCCUUUCCGGCUUGCAGGAUCAUAGCUAUGGUGAGAGCCCGGAGCUUGCCAGUGAUGGAAGAGAAGAUGCCAAGGAUAUGCAGGAGGAGGACUUGCAACGGGAUGAUGAGCAGACAGGCCUUCCUGAAGAUGACACUGCUGAUGCCCAAGAUGAAGAGUCCAUUGCAGUUCCUACUGGGUUGAAUCUGAAAGGUAACAUUGAAAUGUCGGCAAGCCUGGAGGUCAAUGUAUCGUCAACCCAUCAUGUUUCUUCUCCCUCCGACUUCAUCCUCACCACCGAGUCCUUUGAGGUGGGUGAGGCCGUGGAAGAAGAUGCUAAAGUUCGGAGUCCUCUUCAAGAUGGUGUCACAGGGGAGCUUGCAGCUCCUGAAAAGAUCCUCGCAGAGUGCAACCAGCUAGUGGCAGACGAUUCUGUAGGGGAUGUCCAGUUCACCCCAGAGAUGCUGAGUGAAUUCACUAAGACCAUUGAUGCUUUUGAGGAAGAAGAGGACAGAGAUGCACAGCUGGACGCAGGAGAAGCAAAAGGAUUGACUGUGGAUGCUAGAGAUGAAACAGAAAGAGAUUCACAGAAGGAUGUAGGGAAGGUGGAAGGAUUGAAGUUGGAUACUGGAGGGGAUGAGGAGGCCUUGAAUGUUGAGGCUGAAGGUCAUUUUGAAGUGUGCUUGAGUGAUCCACUUGCAAAUGAUAUGGAAUCUGGUCCUGUUGAUGUAGGGUGUCAGAUGACAUGGGAAAAUGAUGGGGAUGAAAAUGAGGAUCAUCAGAAGGUUGUUGGGAUUGAUGGAAACAGUGUGAUUACUUUAGACCUGAAGUGUAAGCAGGAAGUAUCUGAGGAUGAUGACAAAAGGAGUAUCUCAUCUUCUAUGUCUUCCUCCUCAUCAGAGAGCAGUGCCAAGGGAACAUCUGGAGAGAUUGUCAUUCAAGGAGUUGCCUCCAUUGAGGAUGAGGCUACUCCCAAUAUCAAGAUCCAGGCUGCAACCCAGCCAAGUGAAGUUGUAGAAGUUGAGGACAUCACCAAGGUCCCUGAUGCUGAAGGACUCAGUGCUCCUGCUGUAGGUCCCAGAUCAGUUCAGCUGUCUGUUGGGGAGUUGCUUCCAGGACCUGAUGACUCAACUUCUGUGGAAGUUCCCUCCUCAACUGUUCCUGAGAUUCAACUUCACUUGAAGGAGCUCUCAUCAGAUUCUGAUGCUGAGGGAGAAAAGAGGAUCCAAGUUGUGAUGAACGAAGAAGGGUCUGUAGAUACCACUGAGGAAGUGCCUUCUAAGCCAGUGCCUGAAGUGAAACAGAAAACCAAAUCUAAGGGUUUCUUCUCAGGCUUCAAUUUCCACCUGCCAAGGUUUCGAGGGAAGCGCUCCGGCAAGUUGGAUGUCGCAACAAAGAGCAACCAACCCAGUGUUGGCGAGGGUAAAAUCAGCUUCAGUAUUGACAAAGAGAGGGAGACAUGCGAUAAGAUUCAGGCAGAAAGUUCACGUGUAUCAAAAGCUUCAUCUGAGUUGGAUAUAAGCAGGAGGAGGUCAGCUGCAGGCUACGAUGAGUGUGUCCUUGACAACAGGGCACCCUCUGUUCCAGAUGUUUCUCAGCGAGAGUUAGAACUCAAGAGGUCCAAGAAGAAAUCUUUCACACUUCCCAACAUGCAUCUUCACCUUCCAAGGUUCAGUGGCAAGAAGUCUCCCAAAUCCCCAUCUGCAGAUAAGGUUAUUUUUCCCAGUGCUGAAGUCACUGCCAAGCCACCUGCUAUAGAAGGUAAUCCUGCGUUGGAGGAUGAGGUGCAAAUUGAGGCAAGUACAUGUAUCUCUCCUGUUAAGUCUUGUGAAGCAGAGAUCUUAGCUGAGAAUGAUCUGGAAGUAAAGAUGUCAUCUACGUGUAGUCAAGAGAUAGCCAUUCCUGAAGUGCAGCAUUCUUCUUUUGGCGCUGUUGAGGUAGAAGCACUGACUGCCCUAGAUGGUAUUGCCGACUUUUCAGGAAAAGAAGUUAGCAUUGAUGUCAGCACUGCUUGUGGUAAACCCCAAGUUGAUGGACUCUUUGUUGCUGUUCCUGCUUUCGUAGAAGGUGAUUCAGACCUUGAUGAGGGUGUUCCAAGUCUCAGUAGUGAAGAGAUUAAGCCUGCAGUGACUGCUAAUCUGGAGGCCAAUUUAGAAGCAGAUGAUAACUCCAAAUUGCAGGCUUGGGGAUUGGACGUCAAUGUACCAUCAGUGGUUGGCAUUCAGCCUGAGGUUGAAGCGAAACCAGAGACUAAUUCAGCAACUAGAGAUCAGGAUGGUUCUCCAGAAGCUAAAGCAAACAUACCUGUACAUGUAGAUGGUAAUAUUGAUGUCAUACAAACAGAGAGUCCAGCAGUUCAUAGUGAAAAAGCUGACAUUUCAGUUGGACCAGGAGUGUCUUUAUCAUCAGGUGGUAUGACUGAGGUAGAGGUUGAUCCCCCAUGCAAUGACAAGAAUGAUGUUGAGGUUGAUGGAGAAAAAGUAGAGGAUUUGCAGUCUCCAAUUGAUGUAAACCUCUGUCUAAGUGGAUCAUGCAGCGCAGAUGUACCAGUUGAUGAUGACUUUAAGAGUGAUUUGCCUGAAGUUGCAGGAGUCAAGGUAGAGGGAGAUGUCAUGAUGGAAGAAGGCUCUGACGGUACUUUGGAUUUGAAGGCAGUUGGGGAGGGAGAAGCCGUGGAUGUUGAGCUGUCAGCAGGACUUGAAUUGUCAGCAGGAAGCAGAGAUGCUUCUUUGGAAAAUCAAGUCAAAACAGCUGAUUUAUCAACGGAGGUGGAGGGUAUGAUUCCUGACAUGAGUCACAGGCAAUCAAAGUCCCCUGAUCCAGUAAAUUCGCCAACCAGGCACAGGUUCAAGCUGUCUCAUUUGAAUUUCUCUCUGCCGAAGUUUGGUGGAUUGCACCCCGCAACAAAGAAAUCCUCAUCAAAGAAGUCCAAGACGGUUGCCCCACCCAGUAAUGAGGCAUGUGGUGUUGAAUGUGGAGUUGCCAGUGAUGAUGACGAACAGGAGAGAGGUUUUCAGCAAGUCUCUGUCAUUGCAACAAAUGAUUCAGUUGAAGUGGUCCCUCAGCCGGUUCUUGAAAGUGAAUUGAAAGCAUCUUUCGUGAAGCCUGAAGAAGACAUAGGAGUAGACUUGGAAAUGAGAUUUGGAGGCCUUGCAGGAAAAGGAGAGGAUCCCAUUAACACUGCCAAAGAUGAUGUGAGGGCUAAGCUUGAUUUUGAUGAUGAAAUCCCACCAGAAUUCAGUGCCAAUGCUAAUGAACUUGAACAGGACUGCAGUCUGUCAGGCCUGCAUGAUCUCGGUGUCCGUUUGGCUGAUAUAUCUUUUGGGGCGCAAGUAAGCCCCAGUUAUCCAAAUGGUGAUGCUGAUAAGGAUCUCUGCGAGUGCCGCGCUGGCACACCGAGCCAGGAGGAUCCAGCCAGUUCCCUAGACCUGAACUGGGAAGACGAGGUGUGUCCCAAGGUGCAAGUGACUGUACCAAAGUACAGAUUCACUGAUAUCAAGGGUGGAUUGUCACUGGGCGUGGUCGUGAGUGAAGAUGGGUCUACUCACAGUGACACAGAAGAGAAGAUACCGAGAGAUGAGGAAAAGGAAGCAGCCGAUGACACUGUGAUGUACACGCCAAAGGUGCCAGAUAUGGCCAUGAAGUCUGCUGAGGAGCAUAACCUAGAGAUGACCUCAGCAUCUCCUCAGCCUGAAGCCCUGGAUGUCAACAUCUCAGUGGAAACCCCCAGUGCACAUCGCAAGCAGAGCACCUCAUCCCACUCUUCGGCCAAGUCUGCAUCAUCCCACAACUCACAGACAAAUGCCGGUGAACUCUCAAAGAAGAAAGGCGGCCUCUUGACUUCUCUUGGCCUCCCUAAGCUUCACCUCAAGCUCUCACCCCAACGAUCCAAGUCCCUGGACAGGCGAGCUGUUGAACUUGAGCACCCAGUGGAACCUAGAGCCACCUCCCCCACCGAUCCGGAGGCUGGGGCACAUGCCAAGAAGCCAGUUGGGAAGAAGUCCAAGAAGGGUAGAUGGAAGCUGGGGAAAUCCUCUAGCAAGGGGAAACACAGGACACGAUCAGGAGGCAGUGCUGAGAGGUUGGGCACAGAGACAGAGAAAAGGCCAUUGAAAGCUUGCAAGAUUGACAUCGAUGGCAACCUUGAAGGAACCGCUGAAGCGGACAUUUAUGGACAACCAAGCUUUGAGUUAAAUCCACAACCAAGCACCUCAGCAGGCCCAGCUGCGAGUACCCCCGUUAAGCCAGCUCUUUCCCUCAACAAUAGCAGCAAUCUGGCACCUGCCACUCCAACCUCCACCAAUAGCUUAUGCAUGGAGCAGGCAGUCGCCAUCCAUAGCUCCCCCGGGUCUCCUGUGGCCCCCUCCCUGGCCCCUCGCCGGCCGUUCGGGGUGGUGGUAGCCAUCGACUUUGGUACCACCUUCAGCGGCUACGCCUACAGCUUCUGCCAGGAGCCCGACGACAUCCAGAUCAUGCGCAAGUGGGAAGGGGGCGACCCGGGUGUGACCAACAUGAAGACGCCCACAACGCUACUGCUGUGGCCCGAUGGUGAGUUCCAUUCCUUUGGCUUCACGGCCCGUGACUCUUAUCACGACAUGGACCACAACGAGGCUCUGCGGUGGCUGUACUUUGACAAGUUCAAGUUGGCUCUCCACAAGGAUCCAAAUCUCAACCUGGAGACCGAGCUGACGGCUGCUAACGGACAGAGACUCCCCGCCAUCAAAGUGUUUGAGCACGCACUGCGCUUCUUCCGAGAGCAUGCCGUGGAGGAGCUGUGCGACCAGUCCAACGACGGCCGGUUUGACCCGGGCGAAAUCCGCUGGGUGCUGACCGUCCCUGCCAUUUGGAAGCAGCCGGCCAAGCAGUUCAUGAGGGAGGCAGCCUACAGGGCGGGCCUGGCCUCACCCUCCUUCCCAGAGCAGCUGCUGAUUGCCCUGGAGCCUGAGGCAGCCUCCAUCUGCAUCCGGAAGUUGAGGAUGAGGGAGCUGGUGCCGGAGCAUCUCUCACAGCGUCGGAAGUGGAUGAGGGACAAUCCGGAGAAGUCCAACAGCCAGGUGGCGGAAAACAUCAGACACGGAACCCGCUACAUGGUGGUGGACUGUGGUGGGGGCACUGUGGACAUCACCGUCCACGAGGUGGAGGAGGACGAAGGGGGCUCGCUGAAGGAGCUGCACAAGGCAUCGGGCGGCAUGUACGGCUCGGUCUGCGUGGACGCCGAGUUUGAGAAGCUCCUGGUAGAAAUUUUCGGCGAGGACUUCAUCGAGGAGUUUAAGAUCAAGAGGCCCGCAGGCUGGGUGGACCUCAUGAUUGCCUUUGAGUCACGCAAGCGCAACGUCAACCCCUACAAGAACAACCCUCUGAACGUCUCCCUGCCCUUCUCCUUCAUCGACUACUAUAAGAAGUACACUAGAGAGACGAGCACCGUGGAGGAUGCCAUCUGGAACUACCGAAGCCAAAAUGUGACAUGGUCGGCCCAAGUUCCAGGUAUGCUGCGUUUCACUCCAGAGGGCAUGCAGCAACUCUUCAGGCCAGCAGUUGCAAGUAUCAUUUCCCUCGUUGAAGGACUACUGAACGAACCACAGCUAAAGGGGGUGUCCUACCUAUUUCUAGCGGGAGGCUUUGCACAGUCCCCUCUCCUGCAGAACCAGAUGAGGAAGAAGUUUGCCAGCCGCCUGCGGGUGAUCAUCCCCCGGGACGUGGGGCUGACCAUUCUGAAGGGGGCAGUCAUGUUUGGGCUGGACCCCACGGCGGUGCGCGUCCGGCGCUCCCGGCUUACCUACGGCGUGGGCGUUCUGAACAAGUUUGUCCCCGCCCGCCACCCCAGGGAGAAGCAGGUGGUCAAGGACAAAGUGGAGUGGUGCAAGGACAUCUUCGAUACGUACGUCCAGGCCGACCAGUCAGUGGCGGUGGGCGACAUGGUCACGCGCAGCUACACGCCGGCCAAACCCAGCCAGAAGGCCAUCGUCAUCAACAUCUACUGCACAGAACGAGACAAGGUGGACUUCAUCACCGACCGGGGGGUCCACAAGUGUGGCACGCUUCACAUCGAUGUGUCGGACGCUCCGCCCAGUGGCGCCAGCCCUGCCAAACGGCGAGAGCUGCAGCUCACCAUGCAGUUCGGGGACACAGAGAUAAAGGUCAGCGCUCUUGAUGUGCCCACCGGCAAAUGCGUCAAGGCAAACAUUGAUUUCCUCAGCAAGUAACCCAGGUAUGAGAGCAAGCUGGCAAGAUGACAUCCAAAGCACACUUUUACCUUCCUUAGUUUGCUGCCCAACUUCGGACAUGGAAAUGAGUUUGACUGGGCCACCCUCAAACCCUCCCCCCCACCAAAUAUGAAAAAGCACUGAUGAGCAACUGGUGUAUUCAACAAAUGUUACAUAAGCAAAGUACUGCAGUGUUGAAUGUCGGAAUCAAUUUCUUCAAGUGUAACUCUGAUCAGAGACUUGAAAUGUGUGCGUUACUCCCUCAGUGAUUUCUUUGCUGCAAGUUUUGUGAGAGGAAAGUCACGCAAUACAGGAAAUUGUCAGUUGUCAUCUUUGGCAGGCCUAGUUUACACUACAGGGUAGACCCACCUCGGUGUGGGCAUGACUUGCUGUAGCUUUAUUCGGGUGAAAUUGUCCACCAAACUCAAGAUUCUAGUCAAGGGAACAAAAUUAUUUCAGUUGCCUCCAUUUUAAAAUGCAAUAGAUAUUCAGGCUGAACCCCUCAAAAAUAUGGCUUCGGGGUCGAAAUGCCAACCAGUCAUGGGCUGAAUGCUCCAAGUAGGCCAUUUUUUAACAAAAAAGGGACAAAAUGAUUUACCUCAAUUCCUUGCUCUGGGUAAUAGAUAGUUAGCCCCAUCCAUAGCCACCAAAAAAGGGAGAGUCAAGAGAGAGCUGAAUGCUGGGGUUGUAGUUAGCCCCUGGAAGUCGUCAGGGUUUUUGAAAUUAUUUUUUAAUUAAAUUUAAAUGGAAUUGGAACAAAAUGUAACUCGCUUGGAACUGUGUUUCCAAAUUUUGAACUUGCUGUUCAAGUCUCAUUGAUAGCUUAUUUGAAUAUAUUAUUGUCUAAUGUAUUCCUCUAGCUUUCUAUCUCAAAUUAUUGGUACUGCAUUUAGGUAUUAAGAGUAGACUUAACUGCAAAUUGACACGACAGUGCCGAUUUCUGCAUAUUGACACUUCUGAAGUUGUAGAGCAGGGUAAGAAAUUAGAAUGCAAAUUCAAAUCUGGUCAAGUAGAUCCUCCCACCCCGAGUAGUUCUAAAGGUACGUUGAUAAAAAAAAUUUGAACUUUGUCUUUGUUACUUUUACUCUACCUCUUGAAAUUAUUUCACAUCUUAUUUGCUCUGUGGAAAAAAGGUCAUGUGCCCAGGAGUUGAUGAUUUGAUGUGAAAUGAACAAAAACAGGGUGCCAUGUACAGAGUCAUCUUUGUUUGAACAUUUUUUGUUUGACUUUUGUUUUGGUCAACUUUUUACCUCAAGUUGUCCAUGUACAUGUAUGUACUUAGCCAACUUGUCCUGAUUGAAAAGAGUGUUACGUACUUGUACAUUAUUGGGACAUCGAUUUUCAGAUUUUUCAAGAUAUUUUUUGGAGUUUUCUGUUACGAAUGAAUCUGUUGACGACGUACUGCACACUCAGUGCUCUCUGAAAGCUUACAAGUGUAAACUUCAGAAAUUCUCUGGGAUUGGAUCAUUUCUAAGGGCUCUCUGAGAUACCCCUCCUCAGAAAAGGUUCAAGGCUUUGUCAGAAAUCCUGUAGAACGAAACAGCUGGGUCGAUAGAACAUCUGUGUUCAGUGCUCUUGAGAUUACCAAUUCAAACCGUACCCUUGCAUUGAAAGAAAAAAAAGAAAGGGAAAAGAAAAAAAAAUGAGUGGGAAACAUUAGUAACAUGUCUACUGCAAUUCAUUUUUUUCAGAGUUUUCGGAGGCCCCAAAUCCUCAAAAAUUCCUGUUUUGUAAAUAUGUUAAUUAUCAAUGGAUGUGAUGAAUUUUUACAGGCAAUUUCAAGACUAGGUAAUGCGACAAAAAUCAGCAAACCAAUUUAAUUGCAGAUAUGAAGUGCAGUCAAUAAAUUAGAAUUAAUGUAAUAAACCAAAGGAAGAAUGUUACAAAAGCACUAGUACAAAUAGAUGGAGAAAUUAAUGAGUGUAUUCAUGUAGCAACUCAGUAUAGUAUCUUGCCAGUGUUUAUAUAUUCAGGCACGGAAAUGUAAUCUUGCCGUAUACUAACACCUAUUCGUAAAAUGUUUGGCUAAAAAAAAUACAUAACGUGAAAACAACGUUUACAGGAAUCUUUUAAUGUAUAUAAUGAUUUGUUGAUUUUUUUAAGCAGUUGGAAGUUGGAUUGAAGCAUUCGAGGGAGUGAGGGCAUACUGUUUAUCGCGCCAAGAGUUGUAAUCAAAAAUUAUCAGGUCAGUCAAGUGACAAGCUAUCUCUAAUGAAGCUUGCAAGAGGCACUGGUAAAUUUGUCCUAGUUUGAUCCCAUUUAGCUGGACUGGUAACUUGACUCAUGACUUUCUUGGUUUCAACGUGAUUGCUGAGUAGAUAUUUACCUAUUUACUUGUUGGUUUGGCUAACAGCAUAUAAGUUAUCUUGCAAUGGUGGGAAAUGUUGAAAGUGUAUACUUCUCUGAGGGUUGAAUUCAGUUGGACUGCUGUAUAUUGACUCAGACUCACUGUCUUAGGCUGCAGACGGAGAAGGUCUCAUGACCGCGUGUCAGUUUCACCAAAGAUUUUGAAGGAUGCAUUGUGGGUAGCUUUUUAGCCUCGCCUGUGAGAAUAGCGCCUAUUCAUGUGACAUGUUGAUCAUUGAUGAUCCAUUGUCACCAGAUUCACAAAUGAAAUGAGAAUUUCUUUAAAAAGUUGCCAGAGCUCUAAAAUUGUCACAAGUGCCUUUCGAUUGAGUUGAGUGUUUAAGUGAGUGUAUAAUCUUGUUUUAUAUUGGUGAAAUUUAAAUUUUACAGCAGAUAUUGUAUUCAAUGAAAUGUAGAACAGUUUAUCGAUUUUGUUAAGAACUGAAAAAAAGUGUCCAAGGAUAUUUUUUUCAGUUCAAAAAAUGACCAAAGUACAAGUAUACACCCGAUAACGUAUAGUGAAGUUUUAGCUUUAGAUGGAUUUGUGAGCUCUGAGUUUGAAUAGUGGGUUGUAGAAAAACGGGUUUAUUUUGAUUUGAACUGUUGCCAGUUACAGGGUUUAAUUUAU